GCAGGUCUGCGCAAAGGGAACCUUGGGCUCCAUGUCCAUCUCUGUUUCGACUGGAUCACUGUUAGCAGCGCAUUGGUAGAGAGACCGUCUGGUAAUGGCCUCUUCGGGGAGAAGGCAGGCGACGCGAUGCAUGUCGAGUGUCAGCAUUCGAAUAUAAAUAUGGAAGACCUUUCGCUCUGAAACAACCAGAUCAGACAGCUUCUCAACUCUCUUCUUCCACCAUCAGACUCUCUCAUUCCGAUCAAAAUGAUCUCUGCCUCUACUUUGGCAACCAUCCUGGCUCUCGGCCAUGGAGUCCUGGGUCAGCAGGCUGGCACCUCGACUGCUGAGAACCACCCUCCCAUGAGCUACCAACGCUGCACAACCGGAGGAACUUGCACAACUGUCAACACCAACAUUGUGCUCGAUGCCAACUGGCGCUGGCUCCACUCUACCAGUGGAUACACCAACUGCUACACUGGCAACACUUUCGACGCGUCGCUGUGUCCCAACAAUGUAGCAUGUGCUGCCAACUGUGCUUUGGAUGGAGCAGACUACACUGGAACCUACGGUAUCCAAGCCAGCGGCAACUCUGUCAGCCUGAAGCUCAAGCAAGGCAGCAACAUCGGAUCUCGUGUCUACCUCAUCAACGGCGACAAGUACGAGUUGUUCAAGCUGAAGAACCAAGAGUUCACUUUCGAUGUUGAUGUGUCUGGACUUGGCUGCGGUAUCAACGGUGCCUUGUACUUUGUCAAGAUGGACGCCGAUGGUGGUCUUGCCAAGUACCCAACCAACAAGGCUGGUGCCAAGCUUGGUACCGGUUACUGUGAUGCUCAGUGCCCCAGAGACCUCAAGUUCAUCGCCGGAAAGGCCAACGUCGAAGGGUGGAAGCCAUCGAACGGUGACGCCAACUCCGGAGAAGGAAACACCGGCUCCUGCUGUGCCGAGAUGGAUAUCUGGGAGGCUAACUCCAUCUCCACUGCUCUUACUCCUCAUGCUUGCUCCACCAACGGCCCUUGCACUGGCAACACUACCUGCGGUUCUGGCGAGUCCCGCUACGACGGCUACUGCGACAAGGAUGGAUGCGAUCUCAACCCCUACAGAUUCGGUGCACCCAACUUUUUCGGACCUGGCAAGACUGUUGACUCUAAGUCUAAGAUGAGUGUGGUAACGCAAUUUUUGACUUCUGACAAUACUGCCACUGGUACUCUCACUGCCAUCCGCCGUAUCUACGUUCAGAACGGCAAGGUCAUCCAGCAAGCCGACACCAACAUCCCCGGAAUCACAAAGACCAACCAGAUCACCGACAAGUUCUGCAAGGAACAGAAGAAGGUUACUGGUGACCCCGACGAGUUCUCUGAGAAGGGUGGUCUUGCUGCCUUCGGUAAGGACCUCGAUGCUGGUAUGGCUCUUGUCUUCUCUGUCUGGGAUGACCACACUGCCAACAUGCUCUGGCUCGACUCUACCUACCCCGUUGGAUCCAACAAGGUUGGUGCUGCUCGCGGUACUUGUGCCACCACCUCGGGCAAGCCUAGCGAUGUCGAGUCCCAGCAAGCCAACGCUGCCGUUACCUUCAGCAACGUCAAGUUCGGUGCCAUUAACUCCACCUACAAAGCUUCGUAAAGGGCAGGAACCUUUGCUUGGAUACCGAGUAAGUUGGGCUCUCAACUCCCGACUAUGAAGAGACGGCAGCAAAACCCCUACAUUCGUUUCUGAGAUGUUGUGUUUUUGGACAUUUGUAACUUUCUUGUCACUCUUUCAGACAGUUUCUUCUUGAUCUUUCAACUAGCAUUCUGUCACUCGUUCAGAAGGCUUGUUGGGGGUCGCUUAUGUAGCAUUUGAAUGUCAUUUGUGUUUCCAAGAUGCUUGUUCCGAUUGUUCCUCAAGAUGUGGAUGCAGAUAUACCACAGUAAUCAAGAAGUUGAUAAGUGAAUCUCUUUCGUUUGAGAGAUUUGGGCAUUCUUUCAUUCUUUCAUUCUUGGUGAACCCA